UGUUUUGGAAAUCGAUUUGUCUUCUCGUGCUGCUGCAGCUGCUGUUGGUGGUGAAAUCUCGUAUCGGAAAUCUGUGAAAAUGUGGUCCCGAUUAAACCGAGCGGCACUAUUCCGACGACGGAGCGGUUCUCUGCUGACCGGCAGGCAACGGCAGCUGGUCAGCACCUGGUCCCCGCUGACGACGGCCUUCAACUCGAGGCCCGAGAAGCGAAUCAAUUUCACUAAAAAUGAAGUGGGUCUCUUCAGCAUCCCGGAGCUCACAAGCUUUGAGGGCUUUUACGCGCUGAAGGAGAAGGCCAUCUUCAAAACGGAGGACCUUAUCCGGGAGGCCACGUCGGGGGCGGAACGGACGCGCAAGAUGGUCACCAUCUUCGACGAGCUUUCGGACACGCUGUGCAAGGUGGCGGAUUUGGCGGAAUUCAUCCGGUUGGCGCAUCCUCAAGCCAAUUACAGCCACGCGGCGGAAAAUGCGUGCAUCACGAUCAGUGGAAUUGUGGAAAAGUUGAACACGCACAAGCCGCUGUACCGGGCGCUGAAGCAGGUCGUGGACGAGGGGACGGACCUGGUCGAGACGAGUGACGUGGAUCGGCAUGUGGCGGAACUGUUUCUGUUUGAUUUCGAACAGAGUGGGAUUCACUUGAAGGAGAAGGAUCGGAAGAGGGUGGUAUUUUUGAACGAUUGUAUUUUGCAGCUGGGUCAGCGGUUUAUGGCGGGAGCCGUGCACCCGCGGACGAUCAAGAAGAGUGUCCUGCCGGAGGCGAUAAGGCCGUUUUUCUCGACGGAUGGUGAUAACGUGCUGGUGUCUGGAUUGUACGCGGAUUCGGCGAAUAAUAUGGCACGAGAAGCGGCUUACAGGUUGUUCCUGUUUCCGGAUCAACAGCAGGAGCAACUGUUGUCGGAGUUGCUGCAGGCAAGGCAUGAACUUGCCACGACUUGCGGGUUUAAAACGUACGCGCACAGGGCGUUAAAGGCGAGUACAGUGGAAACACCGGAGAUGGUCAACGAGUUUCUGGACACGUUGAACGACCAGUUGAGACCUCGGGCAGAAAAGGAUUUCGCUCUGAUGCAGCGAAUGAAAAAUCAGGAGAAUGGAUUUGAAGCUCCGUUGGCCUCGUGGGACACGCCGUACUUCACGUCGAGUCUCAAGAAGCAGUGCCUGCAGGCCUCGGCGUCGGAAUUUUCGCCGUACUUUAGCUUGGGAGCGUGCAUGGAAGGUUUGAACCACAUCAUGACCAGCUUGUACGGCAUUCAGUUGGAAAACACAGAGAUGGAACCAGGCGAGAGUUGGUCCCACGACAUCUACAAGCUAGCGGUGACGCACGAGUCCGAGGGACUGCUCGGAUACAUCUACUGUGACCUGUUUGAACGCUCCGGCAAACCCAACCAGGAUUGUCACUUUACCAUCCAAGGAGGAAAGGUCAUGCCCGAUGGAAGCUAUCAAAACCCGAUCGUAGUCGUCAUGCUGAAUCUCUCCCAACCUCGCUGGUCCGGACCAACGCUACUAACACCCUCAAUGGUUGACAACCUCUUUCACGAGAUGGGUCACGCAAUGCACUCGAUGCUGGCCCGAACCGAGUACCAACACGUGACCGGAACGCGCUGCAGCACCGACUUCGCCGAAGUGCCUUCCGUGCUGAUGGAAUACUUUGCGAGCGACCCGCGGGUUCUGCGUACCUUCGCCAAACACUUCCAAACCCAGGAACCCAUGCCCGAAGACAUGCUCGAACGUCUCUGCGCCUCGAAACACCUCUUCUCAUCCAGCGAAACUCAACUCCAAGUCUUCUACUCCGCCCUGGACCAAGUCUACCACGGAGAUCCAACCCAUCACCACCAAAAAAACACCACCGAAACCCUACGAACCGUGCAGGAAAAGUUCUACGGACUCCCGUACGUGGAAAACACCGCCUGGCAGUUGCGCUUCUCGCACCUGGUCGGCUACGGUGCCAAGUACUACUCGUACCUGAUUUCACGCGCCGUCGCGUCCUGGAUCUGGCAGACGUACUUUGAGCGCGAUCCACUGAGCAGGACGCAGGGUGAAAAGUAUCGCCGGGGGUGUUUGGCGUACGGCGGCGGAAUACCGAGCCGGCUGCUCGUGUCCAACUUUUUGGGGCGGGAAGUUACGCCCGAGAAUCUGACCAAGAGUCUGAUCAACGAAAUCGACGGCUACAGCGAGCGGUUGCGGGACUUUGAGAAGUACGUGCGAUAAGGAGGGAGAGGGUCACUGGAAUUGUGAUAAAGUGUUUUUUUUUACUAGGAAUAUAGAAUCAUGACCGAAAACUAAUG